UUCAAAUCCUAACCUUACAUUUUUGAGCUGUCAAUAAUUGUGUUAGGAAAUUUCACUUUUGUGUUCGUACAAGUCAUUCACAAGAAAUGAGGUUGAUAUAUCCUGAUUAAUAAAAUAAAUAACUUCAAUUCUCAUUUUUUGAUUUUGAAGUUUUCUUAUCCUCAUUAGCCAUUCAUUGAAGUAAUGAAUAAUUUCAACUAGUGUCUAAUCUAACGCUAUCACAGCGCAAGCCGCAAAUUGGUUUGAGCAGAUGUUGGAUGUUGCCUUCUCUAUUAAAAUAGGUCUUAACUUCAAUGGCGUCUUAAUUUUUCAAAAAUACAACCAAAUAACUUGGAAGUUAAGAUUAUCUUGAGUGAGAUAUAGUGCAAUUGCUCGUGAAUGUUAAUUAGCACGUCCCAAAAUUUUAAACCAUUCCAUGCUUCCUUGAAAUGACUAUCACCAUCUUGUCAUUCAAAAGUUUGGAAAAAAUAAUCUGUAGGUGGUCUCAGAGGUAAAAAUUUUUCUGUUUAAUACUUGUUGCAAAGAAAUGGCUCGUAGAACGGAUAUAGCAAGGUACAUAAACGUAUCGGUGGUGGGGCUCUCUGGGGUAGAGAAGGAUAAGGGCCAUUCUGGUGUAGGAAAAUCAUGCCUUUGUAAUCGUUUCAUAAGGUCACAUGCUGACGAUUACAAUGUGGAUCAUAUAUCCGUUCUCAGUCAAACUGACUUUAGUGGAAGGGUAGUAAACAACGAUCAUUUCCUCUAUUGGGGAGAAGUUGUUAAAAAAUCUGAUGAAGGUGUUGACUACCAUUUCAGUGUUAUAGAGCAGACUGAAUUUAUUGAUGAUGCGUCGUUCCAGUCAUUCAAAGGAGGCAAGAUGGAACCGUAUGUCAAGAGAUGUGCAGCUACAAAGAUCACUUCUGCUGAGAAGCUUAUGUACAUCUGCAAAAACCAGUUGGGUAUCGAGAAAGAAUACGAACAAAAGCUUUUACCAGAAGGCAAAUUCAAUGUUGACGGCUUUAUAUGUGUUUUUGAUGUUAGUAUUGUUCCUAGUAGAUCUCUGGAAAAACAAAUAGAAAUAGUUUCCAAUAUUCUUAACAACUUGCUGAAGACGAAAAAACCUAUAGUUUUCCUCACAACCAAAAAUGACGAUGCAGAUCCAGCUUACUUGCGGGAAGCUGAUAGGUUGAUACAGCGAAAGGAAUACAAGGGUGUCCUUCCUCUAGUGGAGGUAUCGGCUCAUGAAAACGUCAAUGUUGAUUUAGCGUUCAUUGUACUUGCACAAAUGAUAGAUAAAACCAAGUUUCGAACAAAGAUAACACCUUAUGUUGAAGCAGCAAGAAUCCGUAGGGAAAUGAUGGAUGCUGCUAGCGAGUCUUUCUUGAGAUUGAUUAGACUUCAUGUUACCGACUAUCACUCUACCUGGUCUCAAACCAUCAAAAUACUGAAUGGUCACAAUGAAUGGAUCUACUUUGUUCAAAUUUUCGGUUUGGACGGCACCCAGCGUUUAUUCAGAAGGCAUAUUAAAAUGUUGAAAGAGGAAGCCAUUACCAAAAGAAUAGCACAUUAUAUGGAGCUUCUUCCUGAUAUUCUUGAUAAACUGAGUGCAGACAGACAUACUGAUGGAGAUUGGCAAACGGUGAAAUGCACCUUGAAGCAGCAUGAAGAUUUUUAUCAGUAUUUCUAUGAAUGUCCUGAAGAUAUUCCUUGGACUGAGUGCGAGCUAGAGUCUGACAAUGAGGAAACUAGAAUACCUUUGAAUGUGUUGGAUACGAAUGAUGCAGAAACGGUCUUCAAGAAUUACAUUAAUAUGUUGCAACAAGAGAAACAACAAUCUGAGAUGCCUAAGAGGUGGAAGAAACAAUUCAAGCAGCUCUUGGAAGAUACCGGAUAUGUAACACCUGGCAAGCCACUUUCAGAGGUCCGGGUAUUGUUUAUGGGCAGGGAAUGUUUCGAGGCUUUAUCUGAACACGAUUGCCAACAGAUUUAUGAUCAACAUCAAAGGCAAAUUAUUGAGAGUGCCAAAUACAAUUUUCAAGAACUUCUUCUUGAACACGCGAGCAUUUUCUAUAAUUUGAAAAGCAUGACACCUUCUGGAACUAUUUCUCAAGAGUGCAUCAAAGAAAUUAUUGAAGUGCUGCAGGAUGAUUUUCGCUACAAGAUGUUGGAUAAAUUGGAUCAAGACCGGAAAACUAUACUUUACCAACAUUUGAAUUUCAUACACUGCCCAGUGAAAGAAAACUGUCCAUCUUAUUCUAAUUGCAUGGAUGUUUUGAUUGAAAAAACACUGGCAACAAAAAACCAUAGACCUUCAUCUUGGGGGCACAACCAAUGGUUUUUGAAUACUGACGACAAUAAAGUUAAUAUCCUCAUUUUGGGUUUGAACCAUUUGGCUGAAGAAUUUGUUGCCAAAAUAAGGUCUCAAUGUGAAGAUGACGAAUACAAGAUUGAUUGCCAGUUUUAUAGUUUGGAUUAUAGAAUAAUUUGUGGCGAUGUCAAUUUGCCGCAGUAUGCUUUUAAAACGUCUGAUUUUGUACCCCAUGGUGGCUUUUGCGUUUUUUCUGAUGCUAAAUCGUUUGAGUACAUCCGGGAGAGUCUUGAAAAAACGCUUCUUUCAAAUCUGGAACAGGACGAUAAACUACCUUUCCAAGGAUUGCCAAUUCUCCUCUUGUUUCUGCAAGAUAUUUCUUUGGACAGCGACAGUGUGGUCAAACUGAAGGAAGAAGGACAGAGUUUAGCUGAUAGCCUACAAUGCACAUUCAUGCAUGUCUGUGUUGAUGAAAUUACCACUGAUCAACUUGUAUCUGAAGCUUUAAACCAAUUAGUUCAAAGUAUUCAUCAUCGAACUGGUUUCAUAUAUUUUUACCAGUCUGUUAUUGACUGCUUGGAACCUGAUAUAAGAAUUAUUAUGUCAUUGUUCUGCGGCGAUGAUUACUCAGUGGAAACACUUUUAUCUCCAUUUUUCCACCACCAGUGUUACUUUUUAUCAUCUGAACGUAGUCUUAUACUAGAGACAUUCCUAGGAGAUUCUAGACGUAGAGUAGAGAUUAUAGUUUCUUCUUUUCACGGUGCGAAUUCCUUCAGAGAUGAGCUGGUACAUGGCUUUAUACUGGCCUAUUCCACCAAACGUAAAGCUUCAUUAGCGAAUCUGAAUGCAUUCUCAAUGAACAUUCCAAAUUUACCAAUGCAAAUAUUAGCUGUUACUGAUUCUGGUGGUGCCAACGCCUUCUUCAACAAUGAACUUGGACAUCUGUUGAUUACUGAAGGGAAUACUACUGCUGAUAGACUGAAUGCACACUUUAUGACUUUCACUGCCAAUGUUCUACAGAAAGCUACUUUUUAUACACCUUUCUUCAAAGAAGUUUGGGAGAAAAAACCUGAAAUCGAACAAGCAUUCCAUAUGGAAGAGCCAUCCAAUUUGGAUGACAUAGAUUAUCAAAGUCUUCAAGAUCACCCUAUUCCACCCCCAAGGCAUGAGAGCUACCAUCUUAAGAUGAAUGAUAGAAGCGGAAGUGAAAGUUACUUUCUGAAUGGUCCAGAUGAUAGGCAUAGUUCCAGUGAUCACAGCGAUAAAUACAAUAUUUAUCAAUAUAAUAUGGAGAAUGAUAUUCAUUCAAAAGAACAACGAUUUCAAAAUGAUUUUUAUCUGAACUGAGUUCAAUUUAUCCCAGCUGUAAGUGUUGAAUUGGUAGCGAAUGCUCAAAUUUCAAGAGACAUGUCCACAUUUAUCAUGGCUUAUUAGGCAAUGAAUUUUCUUCCCAAUUCUGAGAUUACACUGUUCACAGAUACCUAUUUAAAAAAUAUAGUUUUAAUGUAUAUACAAUAUAUUUGAAUGUAAAAAAAUGUAUGGAACCUUAUUCAUUCCACAGAUGAUAAAGUUCAUCUAUUUGUUUUGUAACAAAUUUGUUAUGUUGUAACUGCAUGAAAGCAAGUUUCAUUGCAUUAAAUAAACUGGUUUGGGAACAUA